CCAUCGCUGAUUCCACACUUGUCCCUUCGCCAAUGAUGCCGUAUUUGUUCAAGGUCGCUAACUGCGGGAAACAAUAGCAAUGAUUGAUCGGAGAGGUCAAGACAGAGGCAGAGCGCUGUAAAGCAAAAAGAGACGGAUACCUUGGCCGCCUGGAUUUAAAUACAUAAGCAAUGCCAGAUAAAGCAGCAGAGGCUCAGAAUUCAGUGUCACCGAGGGUCUCGUCGUUUCUUAUCGAAAAUUUACUUCGCUCUAGCUGGGAUGAAACCUCGCAAUCCCGUACACGCCACAACUCGGAGGGUGGCGGCAGAGAAAAGGCGCCCCGCAGAGCAGCGGGCAGCCGGCAAUGUGGCGAUGUACGCUGUCCACGGCCGAUGAAUCGUGCUGCCCGUGAGUGCUCAUGUCCACGGGAAUCUUCGCCCGGCGGCGCUAGCGGAAACCUACCAAGUCUGAAUCAAUAUCUAAACAGUCCGGACGAACUCUCUGCUUCUCUACUCCCAGCCAAUGACCGUGAUUCACCAUUUAUAUCUGAGGUAGAGGAAUGUAAUGAGGAAAUGGACUUAAACAGACGGCAAAUUCCUCUGGAGGAACCGACUUACAGUACCAGCCGUAGCUUUUACGAGCGAGACGGGCACCAGGCACCGGAUCAGAAAUCGGCUCGCAAGAAGAAGACGCGAACCGUGUUCAGCCGGAGUCAGGUGUUCCAGCUGGAAUCUACCUUCGACAUGAAGCGCUACCUGAGCAGCUCCGAGAGGGCGGGGCUGGCCGCGUCCCUUCGUCUUUCCGAAACGCAGGUGAAGAUCUGGUUCCAGAACAGACGGAAUAAGUGGAAACGGCAGCUGACCACGGACAUGGAGGCCGCCAACAUCUCCCACUCCGCCCAGAGGACGUUCGGGGUUCCCGUUGUGUACCACGAGGGCACGGUGCCUACUGGAUUUACCGCUGCGCCUGUGUCCGCUUCCCUAGUUGGAUUCUCCAGCCCUUUGAAUAUUCCUUUUUUUCCUUUCACCCCUUCUAUAUCUUUCCUAAGGUCACAAAUGAUAGGGUUUGUAUAAAAAUGUGCGUGUUUAAAAAUCAGUGGGUAUUUAUAAAAUCACUUACGUGCAAUAAUUAAUCUGUUCCUUAUACGUAUAACAUUAAAUGUGUCCCUGAAAUGCACCACUUAAGGGGAUGUUUGCUUUGUUCCACCAUGUUCUUUUAUAUCGUCGCACAUACCAUAUCUCGUCGAGGUAGUAUAAAAAUAGCAGUGGUCUCACAUCCCAAACGUAUUUGAUGUAUAUUGAAUGAAGACACUUGCAAAUUUAUUUUGCAAAACGUUUGUAAAACCUUUUUUUAAGGAUUCACCUUUUUUCCACAGUACCAAGUCUUAAUUAGUUAUCAAUAAAACAGAUGAGCGCAAGUGUGUGUUUGUCUGCAACGUCAGAGUUUUCUCCUUCCUUGCUUCCACCUGUCCGCAAAGGACAACGAUUAUCAUUCGUCAUUGUAGGUUAUGAAUGACAGCCAAAUUGACGGUUCCGAUGCAUGUACAACAACACUUCAGUGACUGUCAUUGUGGAACAACCAACAAACCUACUUCUUACCUUUCAUGUAAUUUAAAUACUUUUACUGGGCCAAAACCUUAAAAGUUGACAAUAUAGGCCUAAAUCCUAUCCAAAUUAAACCAAUGUCAAAUGAAUUUCUUUUAAUUUAUUGGUAAUACAUAGAGCUUCGAUUCGUUAGGCCUAUUAUAAAUCAAGGUUUUCUAUAUAAUCUAAGUACAAUAAUUUUAUUCUUAUUAACGAGAAGUUAUUUUUAUGCAGUGAAUGAUGCGACUAGCAAAAAUAUUUGCCGAAAAAGAAAUUCUAACCAUAAAGUUGGCCAUUUACUCUUAUUUAGGCGAAUUAGGGAUAGGUGAAAACACAAAGAUAAACAGAGUAUUAACGAACAUCAAAUUAUUAUGUAAACGUAAAUAUUGUAUUUGUAUAUUUACAUAUUAGAUAAAGGGCCGGGCUUCAGCUCUUCUGAU